UCAAGAUCUCCCAUGUGCUUGUGUAUUCAUCGUUCGAUUCUAUGUUUAUUUCCCAAAAUUUAUCGAUAAUUAUUGAAACUUGUUUAGUUACAGUAAAUUGGUGUGAUAAUAAUCAUCUCAAAAGUUAUAAGACCAACAUAAUCAAUUACUUCUCUUUUGAAUUCACCAUUUGAUUACUUCAUUAACCUGGGUUCAUCAUGGUACUAAAUGUUGCUAAGAAAAUCAGUAUUGAAUACAGGAGACGACUAUGAAGAUGCCAACGGAAAAGAAACUUCAGCGUAUCGAGAAAAAGCGAAAAAAAAUGGCUGCACUAUUGGAGAUAACAAAAUUAAAUGAUAAAGAUAGGGAAGCUAGAGCACUAGGUCUUAAAAACUUGGAAAUGGAGUCAGAUAAUCCUCCAACAUCUUCUGAAAUGUCAGCCCUGAGUCCCAGUCGAAAGAGACCCUGCACCCACUCUUCAAGCGAUCCAAUCACCUCCACACCAGUAGGAGAAAAUCCCCCAGAAAUUUCUGAAGAAUCAGACCCAGGGGUCAACAAAAAGCCACGUCUCGCUGGCGAGGAGUAUGCUAAACUGAAACAGGAGCUUCGAGAGCGAAAGAAAAUCCUCAAAAACAUCCCACGAUUCCGAUUAAAAGCUGUGGGACAAAACGCUUGUUUAAACGACACAAUAGGACCUAAUGAGAGGAUUCCAAUAUUCCUGGCAGACGUCCAGCAUCUCCUCAUGUACUCUCUACUGGGCCAUCACUCACCUUUCUCUCCAGCUCGAUGGUGCCACCUGGAAAAGUUCAACAAAGUGUCUCAUACCGUUGUUUUCAUCAUCGAGGGACUCUCCAUGUAUCAUUUUCACUCGUACGAGUCCAUUUUCACACAUAUAGGAAAUAAUUUGGAGCAUCGGUUAGAGAUGGUAACUCCUGCUGCUUAUGGUGGGUCAGUUAUUGAAGAACUGGCUGCUGUUCCAUUGACAGGUACACAAAGCAAAGCCCUGAUCCAGCAAUUCGGCUCCCUGGAAGCGGCCAUGCAAUCCACCGGAGACCUAGUAAAACUCCUGAAAGUAGUCUUCCCCAUGCGCUCCCCAAUCCCGAACGGUCGUCCCAACCCCCAGAACCUCCCCCCGACCGACAAAUUUCCCCGCACCCAGCUCCUCCUCUCCCCCUGGCAGCUCGUCGAGGAGAAUUACCCCCUGCCGCUCCGAGGGGGUCUCGCUAUCCGCUACAAAGACUACAUCCUCACCAAGGACGAGUACCUGGAGGCCACCCCCACGUCCCCAAUGUUCGGUCUCGACUGCGAGAUGUGUCGCACAACGUCAGGCUUCCUCGAGCUCACUAGGAUCUCGAUCGUCGACGAGAAGAUGAACGUUGUCUACGACUCCCUGGUGAAGCCCGAGAAUAAAAUCACGGAUUAUCUCACCAGAUACAGUGGCAUAACCGAGGAGAUCUUGAAAAACGUCACAACAACUCUAGAAAACGUCCAAAAUCGACUGCGUGAGCUCCUUCCCCCAGACGCCAUUCUCGUGGGCCAGAGUCUGAACGCAGAUCUCCACACCUUAAGAAUGAUGCAUCCUUACAUCAUCGACACUUCCGUCAUCUUCAACACGACUGGCGAGCGCUACAGGAAGACAAAGCUCCAGGUAUUGGCCCGAGAGUUCUUGAGCGAGAGGAUCCAGGAGAGCAAGGGUGGACAUUGCUCGACAGAAGACUCCCAGGCUUCAAUGAAGCUAGUGCAACUGAAGUUGGCUAAUACUGUGGACUUUGGGGAUGCUGUGCUCAUCGGUCAGAGGCAGCUGGAGGAGACCCUGAGAAAGCAGAAGUCGAAGGAGGAGACUCAGAAGUUUGGGGUUUCGAUAUUCAAACACGUGACGAAGGACAAGAAAACUGCAGCCAUUGUUGGCACGCCUGAUGUUAUGAAUGAGUAUUCGAGGUAUUUGAAGUCUUCCAGUCUCCAGGUGAUGGAUGAUGCCAAUUAUGAUAAGAAUGACCAGGUUAGACUGGUUCUUGCUGAGACGAAUAAACAGACGGUGAAUCGAGCAUCGCAAAUCGCUAUGGAACAUGCUCUGACUUUCUGUCAUGUUAAACUCCCUAAAGAUCAUCUUCAGGUGGAUAAUUUAGAGAAAACUUGUCGUGCUGUCAACAAGUGGAUGGUCAAGAUCUGGCAUCACAUGGCCAUCAAUGGCCUAGCUUGUGUUGUGUUCAGUGGAGAAAAUAAUGCUUCCAAUGGAGCUUGUUUUCUUAAUUUGAAGAGGGAACAGACUUCUCUUCGUGGAAUGCUGGAGAAAAGUUGAGAGUUUGUAGAGGAGAGUAAUAAAUGUGUGGCUUUGUUGGGGAAUAAA